GCGUACCAGCGGGGCGGGAAAAAUCGCGAGAAGCUGCGGGGCCGCGCAUGUGAGGCGCGGGCACGCCAAUGCGCACUCCCGCGGGUGCCGUGCACGGUGUUUCUCUCACACACUCACUCACUGUGUAUCGCACUGUCCGGGGCAUGGCCGCAUCCCGGCGCUCUGCGCUCUCCUGUUUCCCGAGUAUCCCUGCGCGGUGGCGGCUCCAGCUGGAAGCUUGAUGGGUGGCUGCGGAGCGGAGGGAGAGGGCCCGGAACGGCUGGGCACAAGAGCCGGCUCAGGGCUGCCUGGGAGGCAUACUUUUACCUGGGACCUUCUAUUUACGAUGUCCAUAUUCUGAAUCAGUGUUUUAUUCAUCACUGUGUAUACAAACGCCAUCAAAAUGAGUGUCAAAGGGAAAGGUUUCCCUUUGGACCUAGGGGGAAGCUUUACUGAAGAUGCACCUAGGCCACCAGUUCCUGGCGAGGAAGGAGAACUGAUUACAACAGAUCAAAGACCCUUCAGCCACAGUUACUACUCUCUGAAAAACGAUGGGAUCAAAAACGAAACCUCAACAGCCACCCCUAGGAGACCAGACCUAGACUUGGGCUAUGAGCCUGAAGGUAGUGCUUCCCCGACACCUCCGUACCUAAAAUGGGCUGAGUCGUUGCACUCUCUUUUGGACGAUCAGGAUGGGAUUAACUUGUUCAGGACUUUUUUGCAACAAGAGAACUGUGCGGACCUGCUGGACUUCUGGUUUGCAUGCAGCGGCUUUCGGAAGCUGGAACCCAACGACUCAAAAGUGGAGAAGAGACUAAAACUGGCAAAAGCCAUUUACAAAAAAUACAUUCUGGACAGCAACGGCAUCGUGUCACGGCAGAUCAAACCAGCGACCAAAAGCUUCAUAAAAGAUUGCGUUUUGAGGCAACAGAUAGACCCAGCUAUGUUUGACCAGGCCCAAACGGAAAUCCAGUCCAUGAUGGAGGACAAUACAUAUCCUGUGUUCCUUAAAUCAGAUACAUAUUUAGAAUAUACAACUAUUGGUGGGGAAAGUCCUAAAAAUUACAGUGAUCAGAGCUCGGCAUCUGGGACGGGGAAAGGGCCUUCUGGAUAUUUACCUACUCUAAAUGAAGAUGAGGAAUGGAGGUGUGACCAAGGAGGGGAACUCGAAAGGGAGAGGGAUUCUGUUCCCUCCAGCUUAUUUACCCAGAAGCUUGUUUUAGACAGUUCGUCCCAUUGUGUGGGGCCUAAUAGAAGAUUAAGUGACGGCAGAGAAUUCAGGCCCGGCACGUGGAGAGAGCCUGUUAACCCUUACUAUGUCAACACUGGGUAUGCUGUGGCACCGGUCACCAGUGCCAAUGACAGCGAGCAGCAGAGUAUGUCAAGCGAUGCCGAUACUAUGUCAUUAACUGACAGCAGUGUAGAUGGGAUCCCACCGUACAGACUCCGAAAACACUAUCGCAGAGAAAUGCAAGAAAGUGCCAACGCCAAUGGUCGGGGGCCGCUACCUCACAUUCCUCGUACAUAUCAUAUGCCAAAGGAUAUUCACGUCGAUCCAGAAAAAUUUGCUGCUGAACUUAUUAGUCGCUUGGAGGGGGUCCUGAGAGACCGCGAAGCAGAACAGAAGCUUGAAGAGCGGCUUAAGCGCGUCCGAGCCGAAGAAGAAGGGGACGAUGGGGAUGUCUCCUCUGGACCUUCGAUUAUUAGCCACAAGUUGCCUUCAGGCCCGCCGAUGCAUCACUAUAAUUCACGCUAUUCUGACAUGGGAUGCGUCGGAAUGCAAGUCCGAGACGCCCAUGAGGAAAAUCCGGAAUCUAUUCUCGAUGAGCACGUGCAGCGCGUCAUGAAAACCCCAGGCUGCCAGUCUCCUGGGACCGGACGUCAUUCCCCAAAACCCCGCUCCCCAGAUGGCCAUGUAAGCAAGACCCUUCCCGGGUCUCUGGGAACAAUGCAAACGGGACAUGGAAAGCAUACGUCCAAGUCCGGCUCAAAAGUAGACUCUGGUAACAUGCAUCAUCACAAGCACGUCUACCACCACGUCCAUCACCAUGGCGGGGUUAAACCAAAAGAGCAGAUAGAGGCGGAAGCAACACAGCGAGUACAGACCAACUUCCCUUGGAAUGUAGAGUCUCAUAACUAUGCAACCAAAUCGCGCAAUUAUGCAGAGAGCAUGGGUAUGGCUCCCAAUCCUAUGGAUUCUUUGGCUUACAGUGGCAAAGUCAGCAUGCUUUCAAAAAGGAACGCUAAAAAGGCAGAUUUAGGCAAGAGCGAAAGUGCCAGCUAUGAGAUGCCUGUUGUCCCUGAGGAUGCAGAGAGACACCAGAAGAUCUUACAGUGGAUAAUGGAGGGAGAGAAGGAAAUAAGCAGACACAAGAAAAGUAACCACAGCUCCUCUGGUGCCAAGAAGCAGCCUCCUUCCGAAUUGCCCAGACCACUUUCUAUCGAGCGUCCCGGUGCCGUUCAUCCUUGGGUCAGCGCUCAGCUCCGCAACGUGGUACAGCCUUCCCAUCCCUUCAUCCAAGACCCUACCAUGCCCCCCAACCCUGCCCCUAAUCCUCUGACGCAGCUGGAAGAAGCGAGGAGACGUCUCGAGGAAGAGGAGAAAAGAGCGGGGAAGAUGCCGCAGAAACAAAGGUAUGUUCAAGAGGUUAUCCAACGGGGCCGCUGCCCGGCCAGGCCAGCUUAUGUCCCACUGCUGAAUGUGGUGCCGGCUGUCUCCGACAUGGACCUCUCAGAGGCAGAGUUGAAGGCGCAGAAGAAGAGCGUCGGCGUUCCUUCCCAGCUGUGCGACAACAUCGUCGUGGCCUAUUACUUCUGCGGGGAACCCAUCCCCUACCGAACUAUGGUGAAAGGGCGCGUGGUAACUCUGGGACAGUUCAAGGAGCUGCUUACCAAGAAAGGAAACUAUAGGUAUUACUUCAAGAAAGUAAGCGAUGAAUUUGAUUGCGGAGUGGUAUUCGAGGAGGUGCGAGAGGACGAUAUGAUUCUGCCCAUUUACGAAGAGAAGAUUAUCGGGAAAGUUGAAAAGAUCGAUUAAGGCUGUGACCCCUUUGCGCUUGGGAACAGAGCUUAUACAAGAUGAAAGGGCUACAGUCAGUGUGCGCGUGGGGAAGCGCCAAUUGUCCCUCCGUAUAGGAGCAAAGCUGUGUCGGCGCCCUGUCGGUGCCCGCGUUUGCAGCGUAUUCCUACAUCUCGUGCCAACCCGAUGGCUGAUCUCUUCAGAUGCCGCGCCAGCCUGGAUCCAGCGUCCUGCCGCCAUCUUGAAAAUAGCCGAUGUAUUGUAGCCGUGUACAGUUAGAGAUUGCCAUGGAAACUUGGCUCUGAAAGUUGCAUAUUUUUGAUACAUAAUAAUAAAGGGGAAGCAAUUUCCACUGUCAGUGCUCUUACGUACACAGACGCCGAGGUGCUGAGCCCACCGGAACCAGCCCCACCGGACUGUCCAUAACACUAAUAUCUCUCCCUGCAGCUCCACCAUUAACCGGACCUUUAAUUUAUUUAAUGAUGUCGAUUCUGUGGCUCUGUCCAUGACUUACCCACUCGCCAAAUAUUUUUUUUUUCCCUCUCCUUCCCUGGCACCAAUGUAGAAUUCUCCAAGCUCACCCGUCCUGAGCCACACCGUCGGCAGCAGCGCAUCCUUUAUGGAAUAAGAGGUAGCCAAAGAUGCACCAAUUCAACCUUCUGUACCAAGGAAUAUCGGGUGAUUCGGGGAAGGGAAAUACCAAGUUCAUGAUCAUUUAGGGGGACCCCUGGCUGAUAACAUGGGACACAUGGAGAAUGCUGCCUGUUCCAUUGCACUGUGGCCCUUCAGUUACAACUUAAAUAAUAAAGAUAAAAUGGAAAAGCCACACAAUCGAUCUAUUAUUUGGUUGCCAGGGGUCAGUGACCCCCAAGCAACCAGACAGCAUUUUCAUCUGCAGGCCUAAAAUACUAAUAAGUUACACACAAAAAAACCCCAUAAAGAAUAAACAAUGAAGACCAGCUUUAGGGUAGGUCCAUCUAUAACAUCUUUAAAUGUUAAUUGAAAGGCAGACUUCCCCUUUAAAGAUAAUUCCCACCGAUUUUCCUGCUCAAAAUGGCCAUUGAUGAACUGAUUUCAGUCUGUGUGGUUUGUAAAUACUGAUUUCUAUAUAUAUAUGCAAUAUAUAAUGCAGACUUUACAACUGUGCUGUAUGUUUAAAGGGGAAAUAUCCCACAUAACUAUUCCCAGCCAAGUCAGACUUCAGAGAAAGUGCCUUAGACAGCCCGGCUCUACACACACUGCAUCCCCAGUAACUCUGCUAUUGAUAGGACGCUGCGUUUAUAUGCAGCCAAGCUAUUGGCUCAGUCUAUCCAAGAUAUACGGCAGCUCCUAUUCUGUUACGGCUAAUUCUAUUGGCCGAUGUGAUCCGCUGGCUAUUUAUAAAGACCACUUGGAAGCCUAUUUUAAAGGGCCCCCUGUCACAGCCAGAUCCAUUCCAAGCUCCAAUGGCGCACACCACAAUUUGCUCCCCCCGCCAGUGGCUUCAUAUAUGGCAUGAAUAAAUGGGCGGGGUGAUUGUGAGCCCCUAUGACUUCACUGGGGGGGGGAACAACUGCCCAUAAAGUCUCCCUACAUGACAUGAACCUAUAGUAUCCUUUGCCCAUCCAAGGCCUAAAUACCCCCAAAUCUUCUCAAUUCAAUGAUAAAAACCCGCCGUACAGAGGGUGGAAUUGGUGCCCCCUAUAGAUCCAGCUCCACGCUGACCCGGAACUCUAACGAUACCGCGACGGAUCGAACCAAGUGCCCUUAUUUCUUACAUCCCAUGAAGGAUUUUGCUAGAAAGGUUCAUGUUUUGGUGCAUACAGAGAAAAAACACACGUUUGUGACACAGAACUGCUUUGUUAGAUUUGUUUUGUAUAUUAUGUUUUCUAAUAUAUAAAUAAUAUAUUUACUGCAUGUUGCCCCCCCCCCCCCUUUUUUUUUUUUAAUAUAAAAAAGCCAGUUUGGUGGAGGUGGAGCCUUGGAGCGGCCUAAGCUGGCAGUUUCUAAGGCCCCACCCACUACAAACUGCUGGAAUGACAUCUAAGUGAAUAUGUGUGUAUAUAUAUAUGUGUAUAUACAUAUAGCUUGGAUCUUAAUUUAAACGUGUUCCUAUUUCUUCUCGGAAUUCCUCCAGCGCAACGUCACAUGAUCAAUACUCGAAAUCACUGAACUUUUUGUUCGUGGACGUUUUUUUUUUUUUUUUUUUGUCUUGUAAAUCCUAUAACCAGGUCUUUUUUUUUACCCCUUGGUUUUAAUUGUAUGAAUGUACAUAAAUAUAUUUUAGAGGGGGGGGAGUCAUGUCAGAUUAAUUGGUCGUUCUAGUCUAAAUCCAUGCUGUUUCACUAUUAAAGGGGCAAUUCCCCUUUAAAAUAACUUUUAGUAUGAUAAAGGCUGUGAUAUUGUAAGACAAUUUGCAAUUGGUCUGCUUUUUUAUUCAUGUCUUAGCCGCUCUCCAGUUUGGUUGCUAGGGUCCAAUUUACCCCAGCAACCAGGCAGUGGUUUAAAUGAGACUGUGUGAUAAACAGGUGAGAAACUGGUUAGAAAGAUAAGCAAUAAAAAUAACAGUAUAAUUGUAGUUCUUGGUUGCUGGGGUCAGCGACCACCCAUUUCAAAGCUUGGAAGUGAUAUAAGAGCAAAAUAAAAGUUGACCAAUUGAACAGGACUUUCUAGUUAAGAUACUGAAAGUUACCUUCAAAGUGGAACUACCCCUUUAAGAAAUCCUGGGUAGAAACCCUUUGCUUUUACCACUGUUGUGGGGGGGGGGGGGGGGUGAGUGUUUCUGGGAAUGUCAUUGAUAUACCCGUACAUACACGCAUUGGCAACUCCUUGCUUCCAACACUAUGUAUCACUUAUUUGAUCUAACUGCGCCAAAUGGGAGGGGCCACGUGCCCGCUAUAGUUUAUCUGGAUUGGGGUCUGUUCCCCGGCUAUAGAAACAACACUGGCAUAUUCCAGGAUUUACCAAAAAGCAUUCCCUAGUUUGUAGGAAAUGUUGGAUCUACGUAUAAAUGCUCUUUCACCUUUUUUUUUUUUAAGCUCCACCCCCGAGGAGCAAGGUGCUUUCUAAAUCACACUUUUAUAGGCCGCGGUAGAUCCUAUGCUCCCAGAAACACUCCCCGUUGCUGUACCCAAGUGCUCUCCUCCCCCACAGCAUCAGCACCAAUCAGUCUAACUGCCAAGCACACACACAUUUUAUUUAAUUUUUUUAAACCUAUACGUACUGUACUUUUGUUUCAUACUUCAAUGUACCCAGUGUCGGGGGCCCUUGGCUGGUUGGUUAUUACUGAAUGAUAAAUACCAAGGCCUGUGUCUUUAACAUACCUCUGUUAUUGUGUAAUUAGGUGCCCAUCAGCGCAGACAAGCCAAACUAAGCGUGCCACAUCCGUCUGAGUGGGGGGGGGGAGGGGAUUGGGGGACAGUGGGAGAGAGACUUGGGCGGCCAACCCCGCCCCCCCUGUGUUUGGGUGUAUAAGUGUUAGUCACAGAGUGCCUUCCAACUGGGGUUCCUCAGCAGAACUCGAACACGUUGCCGUUACCCAGGGAUCUCAAUGAGGCUUUUGUUUUUGUUACGUUUCACAUUUUGGGGGGUAAACUGUAAAUAUGUACAUUUUCCUAUUAAAAUAUAAUAAAAUUAAAAAAAAAAAAGGGGUGUCCCGAAGCACAGUUGCACCCGUGUAUCACUGAUCAGUACCCACAGACGCCGGCUUGUACAUUGGUUUUUUUUUUUUUUUUAAAGGUACUUGGAGAAUAAUAAAAUAAUAAACUGAUAA